AUGGAAGUUAUCAAAGAGCUCCAGGCUGCCAUGGCAACUGCUUAUGAGGUCUCCUUCGAGAAUGCCUACAAGCACAUGAAACUACAUAUUGAUGCGCUUGUCAAAGAGGCAGAAAUUAAAGAGUCAUUGUCUCUCCAAAAGGAUAUCAAAAUCCAGCAGCUUCAGCAUGAUAUCGCCGUACUCCAGAGUGAGCUACAACAGUAUGAGGUUAAUCCACGGGAUCUUGAACUUCCCCGGAGAUACGCCAAUCUGGAGACUGAUUUCGAUCCGAAAAGCCUAUGGGCGAAUAUCCUGGAAGAUGAUCAUCCCCAAAUCCAGAACUACCAGAAACGAGUCGAGGCCAAAUACACUGCGCUCUAUACAAAUUUACAGACAUUCAUCCAAACUUGGGCCGGUCUCAAAUCCCGGGUGUUGCAGCAUAAAAAAAAGCUACGACGAUGGGAUCAGCAACUAGAGCGCGAAGAAUUUUCACUCGUUCUCAAUGGUCAACCAGUCAAAUUUCGCAGAGUGCUAAGUUCCACUUCUGAGCAUGUUGACAAACAACACUCGCAGGCCACCCAUAGCUCCUCCAGGAAGCGUCCAAGAGAGGAGUGCCCAGAUUUCCCAGUCAUGAAUGUCAGACCAUCACCCAAGAGGACCAGUGCAGAUGAGGUGAACGCAGCCGUGAAAGCUGAAGAUGAUAAGCGAAGAACAGCACAUAUCCUAACACCAGAGCCAGCACUUAUUCAGUCUACGUCCCCUCUAUCUGGUUCAGAACCCUCCGAUUCUUCCGGGAUAAAUGUCAUUCUGCCUGAUGUCCACCCGCAGCCGACGAGCCAGAGGCUUUCACCGAAAGUUUCCGGUAGGAAUACUGUCGCCAGCCAGCAGGCAGACAUGGGCUCAAAGUGCUUUGCGGUUGUCAAAAAUGAGAUGUUAUCAUCAAGUCCAAUUCAACAUCUUGUGGGCCACAGUGAGCGGCCAUUUGAGAGCACACAAGAUCUCGACGAGAUAGGUGACACAAUACGAACACCCAUGAAACCAAAACCCCGCCGAGAUGUCUAUUUUGCGAACACUUGGGAUUCGGAGAAAACUACAAAUGAUGUACAUCACUCAAAGGGCGUUCCACCAGGCCAGCAAAUAUCCCAACAAUCAACCAUACUCCAACCAGCUAACGACAAUACACGCCUAGCCAAAUUCUCCACGCCAGUGUCUUGCUCGAAAAGCCUCGGAGAUUUGGAGCGACGUGGUAUACCAGCCCUGGCCGAAGACGGUGAUGAUGCGACAUACUCACAAUUGUCUGAAAGAAUUAGCUCCAAUAUCAAUUCUCGACCGCCGAACGCCAACUUCAAGUGUGAGAUCGCACAGAAGCGUCUAGAAAAUCUUCUAGAACGAUCAGCACCCUCAAAAUCACCACUUCCUUCUUCAACUAAACUUUCCAUAUCAAAUUCAACGAGUACCAAUCGGACACCCCAGUGUGAUCAAACGACUAUGGAGACAUCGAGUCAAAUGGCCCCUAAUAUAGAUCCCAAUGACGAACCUUUCAGGGCAAGACCUCUUCGUUGCCUCGGGUUGGAACACUUCAAAAUCAACCCAGUUAGAAAUGAAGGGCUUGAUUAUGCAUAUGAUACAGUUGUUCGGAGAAAGGACGACCGUAAAUGCAUAUCAGGCUGUACUCGCCCAGGAUGCUGUGGGGAUCGGUUCCGAGGUAUGGCCCGUCUUGGGGGUCUCCCUAGUAAGCUUGGAACGGAACAAGAAGAAGAUGGGGAGAUUCUCCGAGAAUUCAUGGGAGAUAAUCUACAAUUACUUCAAAAUUUGAGCGAAACGGAACGCGAUCACCUCCUAGUGGAAGCGAAGGCGAGAGUCUUGGCCAACAAGUAUGGACGACAUCGACAUACUCACCAGCGGGCUCAAUCUCCUCCUGGGUUCUGGCGCACUGACAUGCCAGACACACAAGAGGUGGAAGAUGAUCGUGAAGCUGCGCAGAGACUUGAGCGAGAGAAAGUGGAAGAGCGAUAUCGAGAAGCCAUGCGUCCUGGAGGAAUAUGGACAUGGGCAGAUGAAUAA